UUCUCUCUCUUCUCUCUUCUCUCUCUUCCUUUCUUUCCCUUCACGUCUCUUCUUUUCUCUUCUUUAGUUCUCCGGGAGAGAGUCCCCUCCAUCUUCCCAUCCUCCAUGAUUGAGGAUGGGAAUCUAAAUUUUUGUUUUGUAUUGUCACUCUCCUCUUGUAGGAGAUUUGGCUCACCCAAUCUUGGGUGUUUUGCUCUUUCCGUCUGAAAUAAAAUUUCAGAUCUAGAAGUUUUUUUUCUUUUUUCUUUUUUUUUUCUUUUUUUUUUUGACAUAUUUUAGAUCUCUCCUUGAGAGAUCUAAUUGGUAUAUUUAGUAUAAUUCUGUUAACGGAUCUAAUUAAUCGGAAAAUAUUUUCUGACCAAUUUUCCGGCUGCUUUCCGGCAGAUUUCAGAAGGUAAACAUGAAGAUAAAAGGCGGAGCAGCUGUUGAUCUAAUAUUGUAGGCGUUAUAGAUCUGAAAACUUGAAGCCAGAUCUACAGUGUAUCUUUUAAUCUUGUUUCAUGAUGCACAUGUGGACGUCUAGGCGAUGACCAAGACCCCAAUUAUGAUCAGUGGCUCUUCCAUUCACUAUAGUUGAACGGACUCUUCCUACGGUCCCCUUGCUUAGUGCAAACUGACCUUCUAAAACCUCAAAAUUGUCCGAAGAUCUGUCAUCCAUACUGCUAUCUGGGACAUCUUCCCCUACAAUGGCUUCUUUUGCAGAUACCACAGCUAAGCAGUAUGAUGGAACCACAACUCUGGCUAUUAUUUGCACUGCUGGUAUCUUAAUUGCGGCUGAUUCCAGAUCCUCUGUCCACAAUGGUGAAAUGAUUACAGUUAAAGAUCACGCAUACAAGGUUGUCUCUGUGUCCAAGAGAGUGAUGGCAACAAUUUUUGGACCAAAAACUUUUGGUAAACAGAGGCUUCAAUCAGUUUGCGAGCAUGCUGAUCAAGUUGUAAUUCCGAUGAGUGUUUUGUAUUCGGCACAAACACUAAAAUCUGACUUGAAAAAGAACAAGGACCAGAUACCGGAGGGACGCACACCCGGGUUUAUAGUUGCCGGAUGGGAUGACCAUGGACCCAGCAUCUACAGAGUAAAUGGACAAGGCAUAUUCAAAGCAAAUAAAUCUGCAGUUACAGGGAGUGGUGCAUCUUAUGCUCUCAAAGUUAUCUUUGAUAAAAUUAAUCCGUUUUGGAAUGAAGAACUAUUCAAGGCAGAUAUUAGGAUUGAUUACAGAUUUGAUGUUAUUAGGACAACUAUUUGUAAUGCUGCUCGGAUAGACACAUUCACCGGGAACACUAUGAGUUGUUUCCUAAUCACGGAAGCUGGAAUUCAAAAAGGUUUUUUUUUAGAGAAAAUAUCAAAGACAACAUUAAGAGUGGUGUAAAGUUUCAUUACAACCGGAGGAGUCAUGCUGAUGAAGAAGAGCCAAGCAGCGUCACUAUUGAGUAAAUAUAAUCCUGGAGUGUUCUCGUUCUCACUAUGGCGCCUUCUCCUCUUUCUGUUAUAUUAUAAUUCCCUUUACUACAUGUUGUUCAGCCUUCUUCCGGAGCUUCUGCUACUUCCAUACUUCACUCUUUUUUACUGUAAUUUUUACUUGCUCAAACUGGAUGCACCGUGUUUCUAGGAGAGUUCUUGUAAGAGUUGAGCGCCUUCCCUUUUAAAUUCUUUCACCAGUUGUUCUCUUUUUCCUUCAUCUGCUUUCUCUUGCUCUAAAUCGAAUCC